AUGUCUUCCGGUCUUCUCCUCAGCAGCGUGCUAAUUGUCACGCUGUUAUGGAGAGUAUUCAUCUACACGCGCCUGCUCAUUGCUAGUGCUCCAUUGAAUCGUCUACCAGGUCCGCCGAGGGAGUCAUUUUGGAAUGGGAACCUGAGGCAGUUCCUCGCGCGACACGCUGAGGACUUCCAGAAGCAUGUAGCAGUCGACUUUGGUCCAGUCGUCAAGAUGUCCGGAUACUUCGGUCGUCCCUUAUUAUACGUGUCCGACUCGAGGGCACUGCAUAAUAUCCUUAUCAAGGAGGAACAUAUCUUUCAAGAGCAAGAAGUGUUUAUAUCAUCAAAUCUGAGGCUAUUUGGGCCAUCUCUACUGGCUACUUACGGCCAGCGCCAUGGUAAACAACGUAAAAUACUGAACCCCGUCUUCUCUAUCAACCAUAUGCGUUCUAUGUUACCAUUGUUCUAUACCGUUUGUCACAAGCUUCGAGAGGCGAUCACAGGCCGGUUACAGGACGGCCCUCGGGAACUUGACAUGUUACACUGGACGGGCCGCGUCUCUCUGGAACUUAUCGGCCAAGGGGGCCUCGGCUACUCGUUCGAUCCGCUGGUGGAAGACAAGGAGGAUCCGUACGGUCAGGCGGUCAAAGCCUUGAUACCGAACUUCGGCCGCGUGCUGCACCUACGAUGGCUCGCGGUACUAGCGGACAAGUGGAACGUGCCCAGGUGGCUGCAGCGCGCCGUCGUGCAGGCGUUCCCGGCCGACUCCCCGAUUCGUAAGCUCCUGGAGGCGGUCGACACGAUGGACAGGCAGUCGAGGGCCAUAUACAGCAUGAAGAAGCGCGCGUUUGAUCAGGGCGAUGCGGAAGUGGUGAAGCAGAUCGGGGAGGGGAAAGAUAUUUUAAGCAUCUUGAUGCGUGCGAACGCACAGGCGGACGUGAAUGAGCGGCUCUCUGAAGAAGAGGUAGUCGCACAGCUGUCGACACUCAUCUUCGCCGCGAUGGAUACGACAUCGAAUACGCUCUCUCGUACGCUGCAAUUGCUAGCGCAAUACCCAGACGUCCAAGACAAACUGCGCCGUGAACUAUUGGAGACGGGCGCUGCUCAGGGGACUUCGUACGACCAGCUGAACCAGCUCCCGUUCCUAGACGCGGUGUGCCGCGAGACGCUCAGAGUACAUCCUGCGGCGGGGAACAGGUUCCGAAUCAAUAGGGCUGUCGCUGACACAGUACUUCCACUCUCCGAGCCUGUAACCACUCUAGACGGUGCGGUCCUGUCCAAGAUAGCGAUCCCGAAAGGGACGGAGGUCCUCGUCGGCGUCAUGGGCAGCAACAUGAAUAGGGCACUCUGGGGGGAGGACGCGCUCGAAUGGAAGCCCGAGCGUUGGCUCUCGCCGCUGCCGUCUGCUGUAACGGAUGCUCGGAUGCCGGGGGUGUAUUCUAACCUGUUGACUUUCAUCGGUGGGAAGAGGUCGUGCAUUGGUUUUAAGUUUGCCGAGAUGGAGAUGAAGGUCGUGCUCGCGGUAAUGCUAACGACCUUCACCUUCGCGUUGACAGACAAACCGAUUCUGUGGACCUCCGCCAACAUCAUGUUUCCGACCGUUGGGAGGAACGCCAUCAGAUCAGAGUUGCCGCUGAGAGUGGGGUUGUACAAACCGGCUCGACUGUGA